UGCAGCGCCCUUUCUCUUUAGACUUGAAAGCCUUAAACCAAACCAAAACCCUUUUUCCCACUUCUCACUUCUCACUCAGUCUCACACCAUGAAGCACUGUUAGAGAAAACCCCACAAAACAAGCAUGCACCUUCGUUAUCCCCUCACACUGCGUCCCUUAUUCACCACCAUGACCACCCAAACCCUCUUACGCUCUUCUCCAUUCCCACCUCUCAAAACCCCACCCUCCUCUCAACGACACCGUUUCCCCCACCACAGACCCUUCUUCACGGUGUUUUGUUCCAAACCCAUCUCGAGGAACCCUCCAUCGCCCCUCAGAACCAACGGGUACCACGGUGGUGCUUCACAUGCCAGCAUCCCUAGGCCAGUUCAAUUGGAGACAACCCCCGUAGAGAAGCACGUGGAGUUGCAGUUCAAUAUUUUGAAGAAGAAGUUGGAUGCUGUUGGGAUGGAAACUGGAAUAUGUGUGCCGGGGCAGUACAACCACUUGCUUUGUCCAAAGUGUCUAGGUGGCGACCAGGAAGAACGGAGCUUAUCUCUUUACAUUGCACCAGAUGGAGGAUCUGCUGCAUGGGUGUGCUUUCGUGCGAAGUGUGGGUGGAAAGGCAGCACACAGGCCUUUGCUGGUAGAAGUUCUUCAACAAGUCAAGUAACCCCUGUUCAAAAGAAAAGAGAAAUUACAGUGGAGGAAUUGCAACUAGAACCACUUUGUAAUGAGCUGCUGGCAUAUUUUUCAGAGCGUUUGAUUUCAAAAGAGACUCUGGAGAGAAAUGCUGUCAGGCAGAGGACAUAUCACGAUCAGAUUGUGAUUGCAUUCACAUAUCGUCGGAAUGGAGCACUUGUUAGUUGCAAAUAUCGAGACAUCAACAAGAAGUUUUGGCAGGAAGAAAAUACUGAAAAGAUCUUUUAUGGAUUGGAUGACAUUGUGGGGCAGAGUGAUAUAAUCAUUGUUGAAGGUGAAAUGGACAAGCUGGCAAUGGAAGAGGCUGGUUUCUUCAAUUGUGUCAGUGUUCCUGAUGGUGCACCUCCAUCAGUGUCCUCGAAGGAGUUGCCAUCUCCUGACCAGGACAAAAAGUAUCAGUAUCUGUGGAACUGUAAAGAUGAACUAAAGCAGGCAACCCGGGUUAUACUUGCCACUGAUGGGGAUUCACCUGGUCAAGCGUUGGCUGAGGAGCUUGCACGCCGCAUUGGGAAAGAAAAAUGCUGGCGGGUCAGGUGGCCUAAAAAAGGGAGCUCUGACAAUUGCAAAGAUGCAAAUGAGGUUCUUAUGUAUUUGGGCCCUGAUGCACUCAAGGAAGCGAUUGAGAAUGCAGAAUUAUAUCCAAUAAGGGGAUUGUUUAACUUCAGAGAUUACUUCGAUGAGAUUGAUGCAUAUUACUAUCAAACCCUAGGAUAUGAAAUUGGUAUCCCAACUGGGUGGAAUAAUCUGAAUGACUUAUACAAUGUCGUUCCAGGAGAACUAACCAUAGUAACUGGAGUUCCUAAUUCCGGAAAGAGUGAGUGGAUUGAUGCUCUUCUUUGCAAUCUUAAUGAAAUUGCCGGCUGGAAAUUUGCACUUUGUUCUAUGGAGAACAAGGUUAGAGAACAUGCUCGAAAACUUUUGGAGAAACACUUGAAGAAGCCUUUCUUUAAUGUGCGUUAUGGCGAAAAUGUUGAACGGAUGAGUGUGGAGGAAUUUGAACAGGGCAAGCUCUGGUUAAGUGAUACUUUUUCUCUCAUAAGGUGUGAAGAUGACUCCCUUCCAAAUAUAAAUUGGGUCCUUAACCUUGCAAAGGCUGCUGUAUUAAGGCAUGGGGUGCGUGGACUUGUAAUUGAUCCUUACAAUGAGCUUGAUCACCAGAGACCUCCAAAUCAAACUGAAACAGAAUAUGUAAGCCAGUUGCUUACCUUAAUCAAACGUUUUGCCCAACAUCAUGGAUGCCAUGUUUGGUUUGUAGCACAUCCUAGGCAGCUGCAUAAUUGGGUUGGGGGUCCUCCUAAUCUCUAUGAUAUAAGUGGAAGUGCACACUUCAUAAAUAAGUGUGACAAUGGAAUUGUUAUUCACCGUAAUCGGGAUCCUGAAGCUGGGCCUAUUGACCAAGUGCAGGUUUGUGUUCGAAAGGUACGGAAUAAGGUUGCAGGAACUAUAGGUGAUGCCAUGUUGUUGUAUAAUAGGGUAACUGGUGAGUACACGGCAGCUGAUAUAGAGAAUCCAGCUGUUAAAAAGAGUCCAUCUGCUAGAAACAGAUAGCAGUGAGACAACAAAUCAUUUUUGAGGAGGCUUGUACAGUUGUCAACAAUUAAAAUCAAGUUAACUUCUGAUACUCUCGGAUCGUAUCUAAAAGUGGCUUAUGAUGUUUUUCACAUGGGGUGUCAGGUCGAGAUCAAGAAUGCUGGAUAACAUCUUACCAUGUAACGUGAAAUUUGACUGUAUAAUAUCAUUAUUUGGCUUGCUUAUUUGAAGAUCUUUUAUCCUAUAGGCGUCCUUGUAUACGUGUUAGGAUUGCAUGCUAAUUUCAUUUUUAAGUUCUGCCUUUUAAUCCUUGUAUAGAAAUAGAAACAUUUAUUUGUUGCAAUUGCAACGCAGUGGAUCUCUAUUGCAGCUAUAAUUGUUUUUUCUUUUAA